AUGAGUGAACUAUUGUUUAAGAAUUAUGAAAGUGAUUCUCAACUAGGAAACAGUACUAUUAGUGUUGAUCGCACCGAUGACAACGCCAGUAUCAUAUCUGAUGCCACUGAUCGUGGUACAAAUGAUUUCGGAAAUGAUGUCAAUGAGGAAUACGCAAACGAGAUAUCAUGCCAGUAUUGUGGUAUUGAUUCAACUGAUUGUUUGAUUAAAUGUCUUGGAUGUGACAAAUGGUUCUGUAAUGGUAAAAUGGAGUCAAGUUCCAGUCAUAUUGUUACUCAUUUGGUUUUAUCAAGACAUCAUACCGUUUCUUUACAUGAAGAUUCUCAUUUGGGAGAUACCACUUUGGAAUGUUAUAGUUGUGGUCAACAAAAUGUAUUCACAUUAGGUUAUAUCAAUGCUAAGGAAGAUCAAGUGGUUGUUAUUUUAUGUAGAUUACCAUGUUCACAACUCAAAGAUUCAAAUUGGGAUUCUACCAGUUGGAAACCAUUGAUUGAGGAGAGACAAUUCUUAUCUUGGAUCUCUUCUAUACCUACGGAAGAUGAUUCGAUCAAUGCCAGAAUGAUAACUUAUCAACAAAUGUACCAAUUAGAGAGUGGAUGGAGAAAUGAUAAAGAUAUAACUUUUAAUGAUUUAAAUCAUUCAAGUGAUAAAAAAGAUGAUCCUUCUGAGACCACCACUUUACCAACUUUAAUGAGAUAUAAUGAUGGAUAUCAAUAUCAAGCAUCAUUCGGACCUUUAGUGAAGUUGGAAAGUGAUUAUGACAAACAAUUGAAAGAAGCUCAAAAUUUAGACAAUCUUCAAAUCACUUGGUCACAAAAAUCAAAUGGUAAAAUUUGGGCUUCAUUCCCAGUGAAAAAUUUCGAAGCUAUUGAAUCCAAAGUUUCUUUGGGAGAUGGAAUGAUUUUGAGACAUUUCGAGUCUGAAUGGUUAGGUAAAGGUUCAAUUAUUGGUCUCCCUGAUGCUCAUCAAGAACUUUUCACCUUGGAAUUGAAUGAAUCUAAGUCUCCUCCCCCUAUCCCUAGAACUACAGGAUUCACAGCAGAAUUCAUUUGGAAAGGUGUAAGUUAUGAAAGAAUGCAACUGGCUUUGAAAACUUUUGCAAUAAGUGAAAAAUCCACUUCCUCAUAUAUUUAUCAUAAGAUUUUAGGUCAUGAUGUUAAACCUAUUGAAUUCGAUAUCGAACUUCCUAAACAACUCAGUAUUCCCAAAUUAGCCAAAUUGAAUGGUUCUCAAUCUAAUGCCAUAAGAAUGGUUUUGAAAAGACCAUUAUCUUUAAUUCAGGGCCCACCUGGUACAGGUAAAACUGUCACUUCAGCAACUAUUAUUUAUCAUUUAAACCGAAUGAAUGCCGGACAAAAAAUUCUUGUAUGUGCACCUUCUAAUAUAGCUGUUGAUCAUUUGGCAGAAAAAUUAGACUCUAUAGGUUUGAACGUUGUUAGACUCUUUGCAAAAUCAAGGGAAGAUGCCGAAUCUUCAGUCAGACAUUUAUCAUUGGAGAAUAAAGUUAUGCAAAGAGCUCAAGGAAGAUUGAAAAAUUUGAUUAGAUUACAAGAACAAGAAGGAGAAUUGAAAGGGAAAGAUUUCGAAGAUUAUUCAAGAAUGUUCAAAGCUGAAUCGACAAGUUUAUUGGAUAGAGCAGAAAUUAUUUGUUGUACUUGUGUCGGAGCAGGAAGUUUUAAAUUAGCCAAAUAUCAGUUCAGAAUGGUAUUGGUUGAUGAAAGUACUCAAGCAGCAGAACCUGAAGCUUUGAUUCCGAUAAUUAAAGGAAGUAAACAAGUAAUUUUGGUGGGAGAUCAUCAACAAUUGGGACCUGUUAUAUUGAAUAAAGAAGCCAGUGAUAGUGGAUUGAGUCAAUCGUUAUUCGAAAGAUUGAUUCUUUUGGGCCAUGUGCCUAUUAGAUUGGAAGUUCAAUAUCGUAUGAAUCCAUUCUUGAGUGAUUUCCCGUCUAAUAUGUUUUAUGAAGGUUCAUUGCAAGAUGGUGUUCUGACAGAGCAAAGAACUCUUCCAGUUUCUACAUUCCCUUGGCCGGUACCUAAUAUACCAAUGAUGUUCUGGGGUAAUUUUGGUACUGAAGAAAUCAGUGCCAGUGGAGUUUCAUUCUUGAAUAGGGUUGAAGCUAUGAAUGUCGAAAAAAUUAUCACCAGAUUAUUCAAAGGAGGCAUCCAACCUGAACAAAUCGGUGUUAUUACACCAUAUGAAGGUCAGAGAGCUUUCAUUACCCUGUAUAUGACAUUGAAUGGAUCUAUUUUUGAAAGGAAAGAUGACUAUGCAAGUAUUGAAGUUACCAGUGUCGACGCAUUUCAAGGUAGAGAAAAAGAUUUUAUCAUUUUAAGUUGUGUAAGAGCCAAUCAAGAUCAAAAAAUAGGGUUUUUGAAAGAUCCAAGAAGAUUAAAUGUGGCUAUAACCAGAGCAAAAUAUGGAUUAAUUAUUCUAGGUAAUACUCAAGCUUUAAGCAGAAACUUUUUAUGGAACGAGUUAUUAUUAUACUUCAGAGAAAAAGGUUGUUUAGUUGAUGGACCAUUGGAGAAUUUGAAAUUAUCAACUAUUCAAUUGAAUACCCCUUCAAUUCCUAAAACUUUUGCAAGAUCAACAUUAAAUUCCAUCAGUUCAAAUGCAAGUUCUUCCAUAGGUUAUCAAGAAAGUUCUAAUAAUUCAUCAGUGUCUUUCAGUAGCGAACGUUGGCCACAAUUAAGUAAAUCCAACACCAAUACUAUCAAUUCCAAUUUCUAUUCGAAAUUAUCCAAAUUAAAUCAAGAAUAUCAACAAAAUUCGUUUAAAAUCAAUGAAGAUGAUAUCAAAAGUAUUACCAGCUCUUUUGCUGAUGGGUUUAAUUUAAAUUAA